UUAAUUGCCCGUUGCAUGAUACGGGCACUAUCGAAGCACUAUUUCCAACAUAAUAAGCAUUAUCAUUACAAUAACAAGCUAGUAACUCGCGGCAUUCGAUGUGCUCAUGACGGGAAUACGAUAACCCGACAGACCGUCUCAGUUGGAUUUUGUGUGCAAGAAGCUACACAAUACUUGUGUGCCGAGUGCCGCCCAUUAUUUAACAUUACAUUUUUUAUAAUCAAAUAAAUACUUAUAGGCAACUUCAGUGUUUCACCGUUCGGAGUUAGACAUGUGUUUGUGAUUGUGAAUUUGGAACAUUUGGAUCUUGUGUUGAAUAAGUUCACAGGAACAUUAGUUAGCAUGGUGGUGGUGCUGAACGGCGUGCUCGCGGACGAGUGCCCGACGUCAGUGCGCGCGCUGCUGGCCGCGCACCCCGGCUACAGAGAUGCGGCUGCGCAACUACUCGCGGCCGCCGCUAGGGUUGUACCGCCGCCUGGCUUGCUGUAUGUCGGCCAGCGGGAGUUAGCCGCCGUGGUACCUCAUGACAAAAACGUCAACAUCAUUGGAUCGGAUGACGCCACAUCAUGUAUAAUCGUUGUUAUCAGGCAUUCAGGGUCAGGCGCAGUAGCCCUCGCCCACCUAGACGGGUCGGGCACAGCGGAGGCGGCGGCGGCGAUGGUGUCGCGGGUACAGCAGCUGGCCGUCGGCUACCCGGAGGGCAGGCUCGAGCUGCAGCUGGUCGGAGGCUUCACAGACCCUCACCGCUACUCCGAUGAGCUAUUCGCUAAUAUUAUGUUAUCAUUCCACCGGCUCUCAGUAGAAAUAGACCUCACAUUGGCUUGUUGCUGUGAGCUGAACACAGCGCUGGGCGGUGGGUCGGCCGCACCCCUCGUCACUGGAGUCGGUGUGGACAUCCGCGCCGGCGAUCUCUUCCCCGCCACAUUCCCUGAUAAAGGACCUGAACUGCCACUCAGAGGUGCUCGGACUAUUACCAGUGGACCACAUUCCGGACAGGUACUAGAUAUAUACGACAACACGGUGGGCCUACUCCGCAUCGGUCCGUUCAACUACGAGCCCCUGCGCGGCGUCGACCUGUGGCUCGAACAGUCGGAUGACUUCAUACUGCAACAUCUUAGCACCACACCCGCUGUGGAGCCGCCGCAUUUCGUACACAAUAUCCGUGUAACCCUGAAAUUCAUUCAGCAGCACCCGUUCCCGGCUGUGACAGUGUUCCCGGACAACCGCUCGCAUUAUUACCGCCGCGACGAACAAUCCGGGUGUUGGGUACCCAUGCGCUUCUAAACGCCAGCAAAUACUGAUAGACCUACCAUUUUAUUAAAUUAUCAGUAGUAUUUGUUUCUUUAGGACUGACACUUUUUAAUAUGUAGGGCGAAACUGGUCGUGUACGGAAAUUCAAUAUUUAAAUUGAUUAAUUAUUAUGUUAUCAGCUUAAUCACGCAACUGUUUGAUGAGGAACUCGACUCGUUUCAAGCUAUGUUAGAAAUUCAUCAGUUACUUGAAUAAGUCAAUAACAUAUUAAUUAAUUUAGUAUAUCUCACGAAAGUUAUAAUAAAAUUAUUUAAAUUGAUUGUUUUUGAUGACCAAUGUUUUUGGUAGAGUGGCGCUGGUGUCGCUUUUAAGGGACCUAGUGUAUUACAUUGACGCUAUAUCAAGCUUCUACAAAAAAUUGUAAGUAAUGAAAUCGGGGCUAGUUUUGCUCUUUUAAAAAUAUGAAAGUACAUAAUUGAUAAAAUUAUUUAAACAAUAUUAAAUUGUCACCAGUGUUUGGUUAAGUUUGAAAACUCAGCUAGAAAAAAAUUAAACAUAUCAAUGUUAGAAAAAUCUAUGAAAUUAUGUUAAAAGAAAGACCAUUGGAAUAUAAUACGCAAAUAAAGAUUUAUUUAAAUAAAAGUAAUGCAACUACAUGUUAUAUAAAUGGUUUUGAAAAUAUUAAUGCUUGUCAUAAAAUUUUUGGGAAAAUACAUGACACUUCCAUUUUUAUUGUUGGCAAGACUAAACAGGGUUGCCAUGUGACAAAUUUUAAAAUGACAACUAUAAAAUUAUUCUCUCUAUUCACAGUGCUAGUAAUUUAUUUUUAUGAUUUUAAUAUUCAUAUGGUCUUAAUUUAAAUUCAGUCUCUUUGAACUUUGAAAUAAGGUCUAUAAUUGUGUAACAAGGUAUGUUUUCUUUUUGUGCUUCUUCCAAUAAUAAUGAUUUUAUGUUAUGUCAUGCUUUAUUAGUGACACAAAUUUUUUCAAGCAUUUCAAAGACAUUUCUUAGGAAAAGUAUACUUCGGCACGUCAAACUACCUCGAAAUAUCAAAAUUCUAUAGUAUAUUUUCAAUCUUAUUGUCUUGCAAUAAAGUUGAGUUUACUUUGAUGCUAGACAGGUGAGCUUGAUGUGCUGGAGUAUAUAAACUUAAAUAUUUUUGUGUUAUUGUGAUAAUAAUUGAGCUAAUAAUGUGUUAUUUUUUCAUCUAUAUUAUGAUAGACAAAAGUAAAGCUUAUGAGUUGGCAAAAAUGUUAGUAAAAAUCGCAUAAGGUUUGAUUCCAAUUAAUACAAUGUAACAGAAAAGCAUGGUCAUGAAAAAAUUGUUCUUCCAGACUAAAUGAAACAAAGAACAACAAUUUAUUAGACACCGGGCACGAUGCACCAAAAAAUAUAAAACAUGAAAUUUAAAUAUGAAUUAUAAAGGUAAAGUGGCAAUAUGCCCAUGCCGAAAGGGAAAUAUCUAUUGGUGGACCACACUUUUCUGUUAUAAGCCGUAUAUUAUUGUAAUUUAUUAAAUGCUCCUUCACUCAUAUAGGGUUUUAUGUAAAGGGCUGAAUAGUUAAAUAGUUUUAUCGCGUAUAUUUAGUACGCAUUCAGCUUAUUUUUUUAAACUGCGACAUUAUUCGAGUGAGGUGCAAUAUUGGGCGAUCUAAAAAGUAUGAAUAAAGCGGUAAAAAUGUUGCUAUAUACAAAAAAUACGCAAAAAUUAAAUCGCUUCUUACUUUUGUAUGUAAAUAUAAAAUUGAUAAUGUUAAUAAGUUAUGAUUAAUUGUAUAUUUUGUCAUAUUCGUUUAUCUACUUCCAGUUAGAAUUUUUAAGUUUUAUUAUGAUUUUUUCUUGCCUUAAAGGUAUAUGGCAGGAAUGAAUUUAUAAAAUAGAAUGAAAAUUGUCAGAACAAGUUGUGUUGUAAAUAUUAUAGUGAUUUAGAUAUAGUUAGUGACGUUAUUAGUUAUUGUUUUGUGAAAUAUUAUGAAUAUAUUGAAAGUUCAAAGGAAUAA